AGCUGCUUCCUCGAAACCAAAACUCAACCCUGAAGAAAAAAAAGAAAAACCCUCAGCAAUGGGUAAGAGUAAGCUCAAAGGGAGUCAACGUUUGGAUAAGUACUACAAGCUCGCGAAGGAGCGCGGCUUCCGCUCCCGAGCCUCCUACAAGCUCCUCCAGCUCGACGAAAAGUUCUCCUUCCUCCACAAAUCCCGAGCCGUCCUCGAUCUCUGCGCCGCCCCCGGUGGUUGGAUGCAAGUCGUUGUCCAGAAGGUCCCCGUCGGCAGCCUCGUCCUCGGGAUCGAUCUCGUCCCCAUCAAGACCAUCGGCGGCUGCGUCGCCAUCCAGCAGGACAUCACGAGGCCCGAGUGCAGGUCCAAGAUCAGGCAGGUGCUUGACAAGCACGGCGUCAAGGCUUUCGAUCUUGUUGUUCACGAUGGGUCUCCCAACAUUGGUGGUGCCUGGGCUCAGGAAGCCAUGACCCAGAACGCUUUGGUUAUUGAUUCUGUUAAAUUGGCUACUGAGUUUUUGGCUCCUAAUGGCAAUUUCGUCACAAAGGUUUUCAGGUCUAGAGAUUACAACUCUGUACUGUUCUGUCUUGGGAAGGUAUUUGUUUUACUUGUUGAAUGUAAUGUGAUGAGAGGUUUUAGUUUCUUACUGGUUUUUGGUUUGCUUCAGCUGUUUGAGAAGGUUGAAGUGUAUAAGCCGGCGGCUAGUCGUUCAGCGUCUGCUGAGACGUAUCUUUUGGGUUUGAAGUACAAAGCUCCUGGAAAGAUUGAUCCUCGUCUUCUUGAUUUCAGACAUCUCUUCAAGGAGGCAGCUGAACCUACAAGAAAGGUUGUGGAUGUUCUUACAACAUCGAAGCAGAAGAGAAACCGUGAUGGGUAUGAGGAUGGAGAGUCCAUUUUGUGGAGAGUUUCAUCUGCUUCUGAUUUCAUCUGGUCUGAGAAUCCUCUUGAGAUUCUUGGCACGGUUACUUCUAUAUCCUUUGACGAUGAAGCCUCUCGUCCUUUAAAGGAACACGAGUUGACUUCAGAGGAGAUUAAAAUUCUUUGCGAUGAUCUUCCGGUUUUGGGGAAGAAUGACUUUAAGCACAUCUUAAAAUGGCGAAUGCAAAUCAGGAAAGCUCUGACUCCUGAGAAAAAGGAAGUAGCUAAAAAGGAGCCUGAUGUGGAGAAGGAAGAGGAAAAUGAGGAUGAUAAAUUACUCAAUGAAUUAGAAGAGCUGACAAACGCAGUAGAUCGCAAGAAGAAACAAGCAAAGAAGCUUCUUGCAAAACGACGAGCUAAGGAUAAGACACGGAAGGCGACUAAUCCACAGAUAGAUGCACUUGAAGAUGGUUACGUGGACCAUGAUUUGUUCUCUCUUGCGGCUAUCAAGGGAAAGAAAGAUCUUAUGGCAGUUGACAAUGAUGAAGAUGAUAAUGUCAACACCAAUGACAUUGAGAACGAAAACCGUGUUGUUGUCGACUCAGAUGACUUCGAGGACAGUGGCCUAGAUUCUGAUGAAGAACGUCAGAGAUACACUGAAAUAAUGGAAGAGGCUUUUGAUGAGGCAUAUGACCGGUACAUGGAGAAGAAAGAAGGAAGCGCAAAGCAAAGGAAGCGUGCUAGACAGGCACACGCUGAAAAGCUGGAGGAGGGUGAUGGAGAUGAAGAAAUGAAACUAGAUUACGAUUCAGAUAUGAAUGUAGAGAUGGAUGAGGCGAACCCUCUUAUGGUGCCACUUGAUGAUGGAGAGACCCAAACAAAAGAGGAAAUAUCCAACCAGUGGUUCAGUCAGGAUAUAUUUGCAGAAGCGGUUGAAGAAGGAGACUUGGGAAAAGAUGACAGUGACGACGACAUGCCAACUAAGAAGAACUUAUCUAAAGCCGAGAAGAGGAAGAAGGCGAAAGCAAGCAAGUUGUCUGAUCAUGCUUCACUCGCUAGCUCUAAGAAGGAAGACGAUUUCGAGAUCGUCCCUGCGCCAGUCACAGAUUCGGACUCUGAUUCAUCCUCAGAUGACGACAACGUUCAUACAAAAGCCGAGAUUUUGGCCUGCGCUAAGAAAAUGCUGAGGAAGAAGCAGAGAGAAGAGAUGCUCGACGAUGCUUAUAACAAGUACAUGUAUGGUGACGAAGGUUUUUUACCCAAAUGGUUUUUGGAUGACGAGAAGCAGCAUAGGCAACCGAUGAAACCCGUCACGAAAGAAGAAAUCAACGCAAUGAAGGCUCAGUUCAGAGAAAUCAACGCUCGUCCAGCCAAAAAGGUGGCAGAGGCCAAGGCAAGGAAGAAGAGAGCCGCGGCGAAAAGAUUGGAGAAGGUGAGGAAGAAGGCAAACGUAAUAUCCGACACAACUGAUAUAUCAGACCGUUCAAAGGACAAGAUGAUAGACAAGCUGUACAAGAAGGCAGCGGAGCCGAGGAAGCCUAAGAAGGAACUUGUUGUGUCAAAGAAAGGAGUUGGGGUUAAGGUUGGGAAAGGACAGAAGAGAGUGGAUAGGAGGAUGAAGAGUGAUGCUAGGCAACGUGGAGGAGGCAAGCCUGGUAGGAAGGGGAAGAAGAGUGCCCCUGGUAAUAAGUCAGGCCAGAAAAAACCGAGGGGUAAGAGACCCAUGGGCGGCGGUUAAGUCCUCAACGGUUCGGUUAUGUCGCGACAGGAAGUUUUGUUACCGUGUACCGUCGUAGUCUGAUAUAUCUAUUUUGAGCACACUUCUUGACUUUGUUUUUUGAUUCUUAAAUCAGUACUUUGUUUUUUUUCGAGUCCCAAGUUUAAACUUACUGGAACUCUUAUCUUGUUUAUGAAGAGGUAUGGUAAUGCUUUCAAUA